CGUGUUUCCGCAGGGGGACUUUUAGGUUGACGGACACACGGCAUGUCAAUCGGCUUGUCGUCUCCCUGGAAAUCGAGGAGUUAAGGAGCUGCAGAAAUUCCAAGAAGCGACGGCGUCUCGAGGGAGAGUCGAGCUGGGUUAAGGAACUAAAAUGAAUAAAGAUGCACAGAUGAGAGCAGCAAUUAACCAGAAGCUCAUUGAGAUGGGCGAACGAGAACGUUUAAAGGAUUUGCUUCGAGCCAAGCUUAUUGAAUGUGGAUGGAGGGACCAGUUGAAGGCACAUUGUAAAGAUGUAAUCAAAGAGAAGGGACUGGAACAUGUAACGGUUGAAGACCUAGUUGCAGAAAUAACUCCAAAAGGAAGAGCGCUCGUUCCAGACAGUGUGAAGAAAGAACUCUUACAAAGAAUAAGGAGCUUUUUAUCUCAGCAUGCCACUCUGUAAGGGUGGAAGUGUUCGACCCGGAUACCACUUUUUAGGUUCAGCAAAGUGAAUCCUAACUUGUUAAUAAUGGCCAUCAUAGCGUUACUGUCACGUUUUAUGUUUUUCUUUAAUGCUUCUAUAUGUUUUGAUAUUAUGCCAAUUGUAAUGCUUAACAUGGUGAGUUUUUAAUAAAAAAAAGAAAUGAUU